GAUAGCGCCCAGGAUUGUUUGUUACCGUUUUAAUCCUAUUAAUUAAAACGUUAACCUGAUUGGGUGGAGAGCUCUCUCCCAAUAGGCGAAUCUUCUUCAUAAUAAUAACCUGCGCUGAGAUAAUGAUGUAAAAGACUCCCCCGUCUGUCGCUGAUGCCGUUGCUUAUCGCAUUCAAAAUCUCGUGAAGGUGAAUUGAAGCAAGAUAAACGCGCCACUGCACGGCACUUCAGUGGGAGCCUCCUUCUCCACACCUCACUUGACAAGUACAGAGAGCGUCGAGAUCAACUUUAGAGAGCAGAAACUUAGAAACGCUAUCAGCGAUAGUCUCGAAGCGGAGGAGAGCAAGCUGACCCAGAAGGACUAUGGACAGGAGAAUGAGCUUGAACGGAGCAGGAGACAUUUUCCACAAAACUCUGACCGCUGUGUCUAAUAAAAAAAUGGACUCGUUCAAAACAGCUGCUGGUAUUGAUCUUCCCUCCAGGGACCGCCAAUCGCCGAUCAACUGUUUCGAUCAUACUGACUCGGAUCAGAUGCAGCCUGGGGGACUGGCAGUAGGUCGAGGAGGGCCACUGGGUCUACCGACCGGAUCUUUGUGCGUGAAGUACGGAGAAAGUGGAAACAGGACUUCGGCGGCAGAGAGUAGCGGUGGGGAGCAGAGUCAAGAUGAUGACAGCGACGACAGGUGUGACAUGGUUCUGAUGGCAGACGGUAGGACAGCAGCAUCAGGGGGUAAAACUGAAGGAGGUAAGAAAAAUAAAGAGCAGAAAACACUGAGGCUGAACAUCAACGCCCGGGAGAGAAGGCGGAUGCACGACCUGAACGACGCACUCGAUGAACUGAGAGCGGUGAUCCCUUAUGCUCACAGUCCCUCGGUAAGAAAACUCUCCAAAAUCGCCACUUUGCUACUAGCCAAAAAUUACAUCCUCAUGCAAGCGCAGGCGCUGGAUGAAAUGAGACGGCUGGUUGCUUAUCUCAACCAGGGCCAGGCGAUAUCUGCGGCUUCCCUGCCAGCGACGACAGCUCUAACCCCGGGUUUGGGCGCCUAUGAGCCACCGACUGGGUACCCCUUCCCCACAGGAGUCGCAGCCUCCUCCUGUCCCGACAAAUGUGCCCUUUUCAACAACGUCACCUCCAGCCUCUGCAAACAGUGCACUGAUAAGCCUUAAACGCUUCGAAACAACGAGAGAAACAGACUCGUAGCGAAUACAACUGUCUUUAUAUGAAUGAAGAACAAAGAUAGAGACAUCGAAGUCACCAUUGCAACAUAUAUCACUUUUAAAAUGGACUGAAAUGGGGAAAGGAUGCCGAAAAAAACUUUUAUAUCAUUCACAACAUUCACUCAAAGUGAGACCAUUUAAAACACAUUUUUUUGUUCUAUUAUACUUGAUUGUGUAUAUACAAAAUCCUUAAAGUGCUGGUGAGAGUCAAAACCAAACAAAAGUGUAUGCCUGGUUGCAAGUGUUAGCCUAAAUAUUGUUUGAAAAUCGUAAAUCACUUGCUGUGAUGGACCUUGAGGAAUGACUUGUUUGUUUUAUUGACCUGACAACAUGAAGCUCUUCUGUAAUUUAAACAGAUUCCUAAACUAUCUUGAAUAUUUGCUGAAAUUAUAUUACGUAGUCGUAAUCUUGCUGCUUUAUUGCAUUUAUUCGAAUUACAAUGCUGAAUCUUGAGUAUUCCAUUUGCUUGUUGAUGGUGAUUCCUUAAACCUGUGAUAAUAUAUGAUAAUCUAGUCAAUAUGAAGAAUUUGACAGUGAUGAAGAACAUUGAGGUGAAAUGUUGUGAAUGCAAAGUCUUUAUUUUCAGUUUAGGCUACCAGCGUGCGACAUCAGCCGCAAUCAAAUCGGUUAAACCAUAAACGUGCUGUAGACUACACUGUCGUUUUAUUUUCACGGUUUUGUAAAACUUUGUCAGAAGUUUUGUUCAGCUAAGUCUCCAAAGCGUGAUUGCAGUUGUCUUUCAGUCCUUAUUUUUAAUUAAUUUAUUAAAUGUUUAUUCAUAUUAUUUGGCUGCAUGGCAUAGUACACUUUUCCUACAUCAAUGCCGUGACUGUAUAAUUUUCGAUUUUACACUUACGCCGUAUGGCUGAAAUGGUUACAUUUAGAUUGAACAAGCUCGUUGUCAGGUCAGGAUGUUAAGUAAUGUAGAUACAUUAGUCUGAAUAUGACUGCAGAGGGACAUUUGUAUGUGUUUAUGUGUUGGAAAGCUUUAUUAAAAUAUUUUGAACUAAA